AUGUCUUGGUUGGUUAGAGGCGGCCGGGUGCCGGUGAAUGGGAUUCUGCGGAAUUCGACGGCGUUGAGCAGAGGUGUUCAGAGUGGUUGUGGGCCAUUAGCAUUUAAUUUUACAAGAGGGUUUACAGCCGACAGCGGUCUGCGACAGAAAGAGCAGCAGGGUGGAAGCUUGUUUGGCGAGGUGUCUGAAUAUAAAGAGUCGGCCGACUCGAGGCUGGCACAGUUAUCACAUCGGACUCAAGUCGAGGAGAAGCCCGCCGAGGGCGAAGAGGUUCCUGCAUACAAGAAACCUCUGGACAAACUCACUAACCGUGAUUUGUUGACUGAUCCCGAGGUCCAGGAGUUUGUCAACCCCCCAGCACAAACUGCCGCAGAGAAACUGCUGUCGCCACUGAAACGCGAACUUUAUACCAAGGCUUUAGAGCUCAAUGGUGGUAAAUACGUGCCCAACCAGAUCAUCAAACUGGAUAACGGCAAAUCGUAUCAACUCAAUCUCACAAAAGAAGAACUACAGGUAUUAACACCAUCGGUAUAUCUUCACUCAUAUCGAAUCAAAUCAUCCCUUAAGAAGACUUAUGUGUUUCUGCGAAUGUUACGAGGAAUGGAUCUCAACAAAGCCAUUACUCAAUGUCAUUUCAGUCCAAAGCAUGUGGCCCGAGACGUUGGUGAAAUGCUGACUAGAGGUUUACAACAGGCCAAGGAUCUGAAAUUGGAUCCUAAUGAACUUUAUGUCGAGCAAAUUUGGGUGGGAAAAGAUGGUACUAAUAUCAAGCGUCUUGAGUUCAAGGGCAGGGGCCGUGUAGGAACCAUCACUCAUAAAUGGGUCCAUGUCAAGGCCAUCUUACGUCAUGUGUCUUAUCGCGAGGAAAAGACCGCUGCCAAGGUCGCUAAGGUCGAUAACAAACAGGUCUGGCAACAGCUCAAGUCCAGACCCGUUCACUACGUCCUCGACAACACUUACAAGUGGUAA